AUGGUGAGUGGUCAAGCCCGUCGAUCACCGCUCAUCCCUCACCUUGGUUCGGAGCGAGGCCAACUGCCCCCACCUGUUGAUUCGUCGUUGCGCGCCGAGGAAAAGCUACUGACGUGUCAAAUAGUCCUCGUCCCAGUCGCUUCCCACGCCCACCUCAUCGCACCCCGCCACCACCUCCAACCCUCUGCAAACAGGGUCUGUAAUUGGUGCCGUGGCGUCCAAUGUCGCCGCUACCCUCCCUUUCGCGUCGUACGUGUCGACCGCCUUGCGGGCGAAAAGCUCUAUCGUAUUGGACUCGCGUGCGCGACGAAUGGUGCUCGCAUCGGCCAAGCCAUAAAACCAGACGGCCGAGUGGAUUGGCGAGCUCUGGCUAUCGGCUGUCAAUUACUGGCUGGUCGAGCUCGCACUCGGGAAAUCACGUCAAUACCUAGACCAACUGAACGACCCGCUCUUCGAAUGCGUAUUCGAAACCCUGGACAACGACGUGAGUAUGCUGUCGCAAACUUUCACCUUGUCCAUGAGCUGACAUAUGACCCACGGUGCGCCACCAGGACCAUGGCAGCACCAUUCGCAUUCCAUAACCUCGUGACCGUCUUAGCAAACUUCACCAGUCAAGGAGUGCGGUCCCAACCGACCUCCAAGGGUCCCAGUCGCAACCCCCUCCUUCGCACUCGACGCGCAAAGUUACCAAAGUGUACGGACCUAAGACGAAGGGACAGGCCUCGCUUCACCCAUCUCCCCAAGAGCUUUCGUUGCCAUCAGAACAAUUGAUUAGUUUUGUUCCGAUAGGGAAUCUUUCAAGCGUGAGCAGUUGCUGA